UGCUUGCAAUAAGUAGUUCUCACUUAAGAGCAGUAUCCACAACACAUCAAGUAACGUUCUGGGAGCAUAAAAAGGAGUCAAUAGUGCGGUCAAAAUUUAAAUAAUCGUAAUAUAUCGAAUAUCCUUAAGUUCAAUAUUUCCUCCGUUAUUUCUAAAUUGAAAAUAGAGAUCACCCUCUUUUCUCAUUCACGCAUCUCUCACUUACGAUUAUAUUUUGAAGUCUUGAUCUGCUGAAAAACAUUUCUCUAUAAUCGUACCUGUUCUAGUGUGAUUAAUAUCUAAAAGAGCGAGAAAGUGAGUUAAUUAAGCAUGGCCUCUGGGGAAUCAGGUAAGAGGAAGCGAAACUUUAAUGAAUCGGACGAGAAUUCCAUCCAAGUUGAAAACAUAACAUAUUUCGAAUCAAAAAAUCAAAGUAAGUUCUCUAAAAAACCAAAUACAACUUGUCAAAUUUUCCGUGGUAAGUUAGAAAACGGAACAAAGGCCUUCAUUCGAAAGUUUGAGGUAGCAAGAGUUCAACAGAAAGAUUUAGAGUUCCAACGAGACAUCGAACUCCUCCGUGAGCCAGAAAGAACAUCACACAUGCACAAAAGUUUCAUUCAUUACUUCUGCUUCAUAAAGCAUGGCGAGUUUUACUAUGUCGCUACUGAAUGGUGCAUUUGCUCCGUAGAAGAUCUUUACGAUAUUAGAAGGAAUGGACACAAUUGGGAAGGGAAUGAGAUUGACACGAAAUUAAUCAAGGAAUCACUGGGAGGAAAAAAAGAAUUAUUACGACAAGCUACAGAAGGAGUUGCAUUUUUACAUGCGAUGGGCUUUGUCCACCGAAACCUAAAGCCAAGUAACUUUUUGAUCGCUCAGCUUUCACGGCUUGAUCGCGAAGGCUUUAAAUACCUGGUCAAAGUGUCGGACUUUCGAAUGAGUAAACAUUUAGGAAAGCAGCCUAAUCAUUCUGGCCAAAGAGGAUCAGAUGGAUGGAUUUCUCCCUAUCCCCCCAAGAAUUAUCCUCAGGAGAUUAAAACACAUCCGUCCGAAGAUGUGUUUAUUCUCGGCUGCUUUUUCCACUACGUUUUGACCAAUGGCAAACAUCCAUUUGGAGACAACGGAAUCGAACGAGAGCUUAACGUAAAAAAACAUGAUUAUGAAGUCUAUCUUGCCAAAUGGAAACCAGAAAUUGAAGAAAUACAAGCUAUUAGUCUUGUAAAGGAUAUGAUUAAAUACGACCCAGAAGAAAGACCAGCUCUCAAAACAAUUCUUGGUCGGGCUUACUUUUUACCCGAUGAUUACUACAAGCUUUACGACUUACAAGCUGAAGUAAAACCGGGACUCUGCGUUAUCUUCAACCAAGAGACUUUUGAUAAUAAAGACGACAACCGCGAAGGUACCAAUAAAGACGCAGAAGAAUUAAACGACGUUUUCAAAGAAAUGGGCUUUGACGUGGAAAACCACAAAAACUUAACGGCGAAACAACUUUGCAAUGAAAUAGAAAAGUUGAGAGAAAAAAAUUUUUCCAAUUAUGCUUCUCUUGUUGUGUGCAUUCUCUCGCACGGCGAUGAAGGAACAGUUUUUGGCACAGACGGCGAUCAGGUGUCGAUUGAAGAUGUCAAGAAACAAUUUAACAAUUUCAAUUGCCGUGAUCUUAUUGACAAGCCCAAAAUUUGGAUCAUUCAAGCUUGUCAGGGAAAUCAACUGCAAGAAGAUUUGGAAAAAUCAAUAAAGUCACUUACACCAAAGAAGCCUGAAUCAAUAGGAAAUUUAGUUUGGCUGAUACUAACCCGCAUAACCAAUUAUUUCUUUAAUAAUAGCGUCAAACAAGAAAUUCAACGUCAACAAGUUAUUUUAAAACCCCCAGAUAUUCCACGACCUUCUGUGUCGGAUGUUCUUGAUAUAAGGGCCACUGUACCUGGAUUCUUAAGUUACCGUAACGCAAACACAGGUAGUACCUUGAUACGAAACCUUUGCAAGCAACUGCGAGCGGCAUUCUUGAAAGAGGACGGCGAACAAUCGAAUCGCCAUCUAGAAGAUGUACUUAAAAUGGUCCAGAAAUCGAUUAGUAAAGAAAUUGGUUGGUUGCCGGCCACCAAAAUUGAUUGGGAAAGCUUAGACGCCAUGAAAAAGCGAAUCGAAGAAAACAUCGAAAUUCUUGAAGAGGAAAAAGCAACGAACAUGGAAGAAAGAAUUAAAGCAGAAAAAAAUAAACUUACUAAAAAGGGUUACUGAAAAAGAUGUAACAGAAAGCGGAAACAAAAUCAAUCUUACAUUCAAAAAAAUUUUUGAUGAAGAAAAACAAAAAUCAAUAUUUGUUCGUCCUUGUCAUCAGACCAUCGAGUGGCGUUCUACUUUGAUGAAUUUUAUUAGGUUUGAAAAAAAUAACGGGAAUUUUUCUCGAUCGUUUUCUUUUCCUGUAAAAGUUUCGCAAUAUAGUCAGGUUUGAUAUACAAUACAUUCAGAUUGGUUAUA